AUGCCCGCGUUCGUGCGCUGGCGUAGGGGAUCGUACGCGACGGCGACCCGCGACCCCACCACUGCGCCCAGCUCGGGGGCCACCCACGUGGAGCCCACCGGCCUGCGCCGGUCCCCUCACGCCGGUCUCCCGACUGGGCUGAGGGUGCAGCUUGCGAAGCCCCUUGGUGCUCCGACCAGGCUCUGUCCAUCCCAGUCUUUCCUCCAUGCCAGAGUCUGGCAGGUAGGGAAGUCCCUUCGUCUCCCUCCCGCGCCCCCAGACAUCCCCGGACAAAGCCGCCAGGCUUCCCGCACCGGCGCGGGAAGGAGGUCCCCCCACCCCACCCCCGUCCCCGCACUGGGUAAGAGAUUCGCGCGGAGAGCGCCUCCAGGCGCCGGGCCCUGGUGCGGUCCCCGCCCCUCGCCUGCCAGCUGGGCUGGGGCUGAGAGGGCCGCCUGCGCGGGGCGGGCACCCCACUCUAGGUUCCUCCAGCGCCGGCACCCGGCCGCCGCGGCGCUGCAGGAAGGAGGCCCAGCGGCGCCGGUUCCCCCACACCCACGUGCCCCGCGUGUGCGCGCCCCGGGCCUGCAGAAGCUACCCGGCUGGCGCCGCCAGGAUUUCUGGGCGGCCCCACCCUCCCCGGCCACCACGCUUCGCUCGCAGCGUUCGGAGUCUCCUUGGCGCCUUUGCUGCAGCAUCCAAGACCCGGCGCCGCGUCUGCCAGCUGAGCUGCGGAGCACGCCUGCGGGCCGCUGCCCAGAGGCCGCACCUCCCGCGCGCGUCCCGCACUCACCUUUCCCUGUGAACUGGGAUUCAGUGAUUGCACCCGGGCUGUUCAGCCACCGCCCACGGCCUCCUGGAGAGAGCAGCAGGAGGGCCUUCCUGAGGCGCCAGCACCUUCCAGAAACCCUUCCCUGGCUUUCAGCACAGCACCUUCAUCAGCCGGCCACCCUCCCCGACAGUAUGGGAGGCGUAGCUCUCCCUUAG